ACACGGCUGGAGUCGAGGUACCGCAGAAAAAACUGCUGAAACGAACGACAGUUGAAAGAAAAGAUUAUUUUGAUUCUAACGACCUGGAGUUGAAGAGCUUUUUGCCUAAUUUUCAUUCAGCUUUAUGCGCCUCAGUUCGUUCAUUUUUGCGAAUCCAGGUCGUCGCACAAGUUACAGCAUUGGAGUUACUCUCUGGAUGUUUCAAAGCAAGUGGCAGUGUGUGUUGUGGGCGACGGGGUGGGGUCCGAGGAAGGCACGAGAGGUCAGAAACACGUCUUUCGCCCCACGACUAACUCCUAUGACCCAACGAGAAGUCAGAUUAGCAGAGCUUCCGAGAGGAGUUUCGUGUGUCAGGAUGAUCGUCAGCAAACUCAGUUCUCCGCAGCUUUUAACCCAAAAGUAAAGUGUCUCCUAUUCGGGGAUUUGGCUAAAAAACCGUCCAAUUGGUUGAGUGCUGCUUGACGAGAGAAAAACGAGUGUCACCUACUUUUUGUGUCGCUCCGUUAAGGGCGCAAGUUCAUAAAAACGACCACCGGCCAGUUUCCAAGAUAAGCUCGAGCGAUCAAAGGAUUCGAUCGAGAAAAAUUCUCCCGGAUAGAACAUUUGAGAAUGAUCGAAGCCGAGGCAGUCGACGAGAAGAAAAGCUCCAAGCGAACACUGGAAUAAUUGAAUCUCCGAGGAAGAUAAAUGUCAAUUAAAUGAGAGAAGAAAUUAAUGGUAUCCGGAAGAAGCGUAUUAAGGCGGUAAAGCAUCUUAUGAGAUGCAAGGGCCGAGCUUCGUGUCUGAGCCCUUGACGAGGGUAGAGUUCACAAACGUUAGUGGCGGCCGAGUCGAAUGCACGGUUCGGGGAAAUCCGGAACCAACGGUGGAAUGGCUGGCAGCGGAUGGCGGUACCGUCGUUACCAUCCCCGGUAUAAGGGAAGUUUUUGGUAACGGGACGAUACAUUUUCCCGCAUUCGAGGCUGAAGCGUUUCGUCAGGACGUCCACUGGGCGAUAUACAAGUGCUCAGCGAUCAACAGCGUCGGCGCCGUUGUUAGCAGGGACGUCACCGUCAGAGCAGUGGUGAACCAGCGUUACGAUCCGGAAGUUCAGAGCCUCGGUGGCUCCCUGGGCAACAACGUACUUAUGCGGUGCAACGUACCGAGCUUCGCACGAGACCAUGUCACCGUUACGUCUUGGCUCCAGGAACCCUCCUUCAACAUCUACCCUUCUACUAUAAGUGAUGGAAAAUACCAUAUGCUGCCAAACGGAGAGUUGAUGAUAAUCAAUAUAACGCGUAGCGACGCGCAGAUGACUUAUCGCUGCAGAACACAUCAUCGUCUAACGCAAGACACCGUCGUCAGUCCGAACAUCGGUCGAGUGCAAUUGAUAGAUUUGCGGGGUUUCAGCGCUCCGAAACUCAAUGAAAAAUUGAUCCACGUGGCCGCCCGUCUCGGCGACACCAUCGUUGUGCCCUGCGUAGCUUAUGGGAAUCCUCCGCCAACGAACAGAUGGUACUUCCGACGCGAUCAACGAGAAGAACCAAUCGACGAUCUGUCCACCCACUUUGGGGUUCGCGAUGGAUGUUUAAUAAUUCACGGUGUACUUGAAAACGAUGGUGGCUCGUACUUGUGCACUGCCAGCAACGCUGAAGGCAGCGACAGCCUCGAAGUUAAACUCGCUGUGUCAGCACCACUUAGUGUACACGUUCAACCACCGACCCAAACGGUUGAUCUGGGCAAACCCGCGUAUCUGACGUGCAGCGCAAACGGCUUUCCCCAGGCUGCUCUGUACUGGCUCAAAGAUGGCCAACCGCUGCGUACAGGAGACCACAUAAGGGUUGUUUCACGGGAACGAAUUUCCGUAAUGUCGGUAGCACGCGAGGAUCGGGGCAUGUAUCAGUGCUUCGUCAGGAACGAACACGAGAUGGCACAGGGAAUUGCGGAACUUCGUCUGGGAGAGAUUUCUCCACAGUUGGUUUACAGAUUUAUCGAACAAACGAUGCAGGCCGGGCCAACGGUUUCGCUGAAAUGUAGCGCCGCCGGAAAUCCAACCCCUCAAAUAUCAUGGUUACUCGAUGGUUUUCCUCUGCCGCAAAAUGACCGGUUACUCAUCGGCCAGUACGUUACCGUAUACGGCGAUGUUAUUUCUCACGUCAAUAUUACAAUGGUCAAAUCGGAUGACAGCGGGGAAUACGAGUGCACGGCGAGCAGUCGAGCCGGAGUUGCGUCGCACUCGGCACGUCUCAACGUUUAUGGAUUACCAUACGUUAGACACAUGCCAGCAAUUUCAGCAGUCGCAGGGAAACAACUACAAAUAAAAUGUCCAGUCGCUGGUUAUCCGAUCGAAUCGAUAGUCUGGGACAAAAACGGCACAAGAUUGCCCACAAACAUGCGUCAGAGAGUGGGAAAUGGAACGCUCGUAAUCGACAUGGUUCAACGCAACGCGGAUCAGGGAACUUACACUUGCACGGCUCGUAACAAACACAAUUAUACCUCCCAACGUUCCGUCGAAGUUCGAGUUCUCGUGCCACCUAAAAUCACGCCUUUCAAUUUUGCUCGCGAUUUAAACGUAGGCGAUCGUAUAAGCGUACAGUGCGUUGUCGUAACCGGUGAUCUACCGUUGACCUUCACUUGGCUAAAAGAUAACGUACCGAUCGAGGAUAACGAUAAGAUUACCGAUACUUCCGGGGUCGGUUCAAUUAGCUCGAUAAGGGGCAUCAAGCAGAGCGGAGAUACGAAUGGUCCAGCCGCGAUGAACAACGCAAUUCGAACCUCGAGAAAUGAGAAUAAGCAACGGUCGAGGAACAGAGAUAACGCCGAUGAUAAUGCAUCAAAAACGGCCGUCAACAACGGAUUGUUGACCGGUUACGAGGCCAUCACCAUCCGGCAAUACGACGCUUUUAACAGCGCCCUGAGCCUUAGCCCGAUCGCACCUGUUCACAACGGCACUUAUACGUGUCGCGUGACCAACGGUGCUGCGACCGUCGCUCAUUCUGCACCCCUCCACGUUAACGUACCUCCCCGUUGGACCGUGGAACCAAUCGACCAGAACGCCAUUGUAGGUCACGCCGUUUCCAUUCCCUGUCGAGCCGAAGGAUUCCCAAUUCCAACGGUGACUUGGAAGCAAUCAAUCGGUGAAACUCCGGGGGACUACAGGGAACUCGGUUAUGGGGGUACGGAAGGAGCUGGAGUCGCUGGCAACGGCUCCUUGGUGAUUCCCCGUGUGUCACGUGAGCACACUGGCUUUUACCUGUGCCAGGCAAGCAACGGCAUUGGUCCAGGUCUCAGCAAACUCAUUCGGCUAACAGUUCACGUUGGGCCAAAAGUUGAAGUAAGGACACGUCAAGAGUCGGCAAGGAGAGGCGAAUCUGUGACCUUGCGAUGUGAGGUCGAAGGGGACGCUCCGUUGGACAUCACUUGGAGAGCACGCGGUGGGAAAAUCGAGCCAGCUUACGACGUUAGAUAUUCGCUCGAAAAUACGCCAACCCCAAAAGGCCUGUUGUCGGAGUUACGAAUCGGCAAAGCCGGCCACGAGGAUCGGGGAGAAUAUACUUGUGUUGCCCACAAUCCGUACGGUCAUGACCGAGCCUCGAUCAACUUACUCGUCCAGGAACCACCGAAUUUUCCACGCAAUUUACACAUCGCCGAUCAGAAAAGUCGAUCGAUGAAAUUGGCUUGGUCCUCACCGAACGGAGUAGCCGAUCCUUUCAACGCUGAUAUACCGAUCACAAAAUACAUCGUACAAUACAAAGAGGCACGAGAUGAGUGGCAUGACCACAACAUGCAGCAGCAGGUGACCGGAGACAACACGUACGCUCUGGUAACGCAGCUAAAGCCCGCAACGACCUACGACUUUCGGGUAUUUGCGGAAAAUCAUCUAGGAACUUCAGCUCCGAGCGACAUACUUCGUGCUCAAACGGAUGGUGAAGUGCCCGGUGGGGCGCCGAGACACGUCAGCGUCGAGCCACUCGGGCCGCAGCAAUUAAAGGUCACGUGGCAGCCUCCGGAUCAAUCGACUUGGAACGGUGAACUUCUCGGCUACACGAUACUUUCGACGAUCGUAGGGGGUGAGCAGCCGUUGACAAAUACCACGAGGGUUGGCAUAACCGGGAAUGGUGAUGGCUCUUACGAGUACAGGCUCGCCGGACUCCGGAAAUAUACACAAUACAGUAUAGUCGUAAAAGCGUUCAAUAGCAAAGGCGAUGGUCCAGGCUCUGACCCUAUCAUAACACAAACUUUGGAGUCUGUUCCGAGCGCACCACCGCAAAACGUCGUGUGCACCGCUCUCACCGGCCAGAAUAUUCAGGUUACCUGGAAACCACCACCGAAUGACAGAGUUCACGGUGUCAUUCAGGGCUACAAACUCCUCUACGAGCCGACGAAUGACAUGACCGCCGAAAUUCACGGAUCCAGAGAAACGAAAAUUGCUUAUGGACUCAGCACUGUCCUUCAUGGAUUGGACCCGUACACCAAUUACACUGUACAAGUUUUGGCGUAUACCAGAGCUGGCGAGGGUGUCAGUAGCAACCCAGUUUCUUGCACGACCGAAGAGAAUGUUCCUGACGCACCUGAAAAAGUUAAAGCGGUUUCGAGCGCGGAAAAUGCGGUCGUUAUAUCGUGGUUGCCGCCACGACGACCGAACGGAAUGCUCACGAAAUAUACAGUUUACAUUCGAGCGCUGGAUCAGGGCCAGGAAGUUAAGAUCAUCAAAGGUUCUGUCGGAGCUCAAGAACUUCAUUAUGACGCUGUCGGUCUUAAAUUGCGCGAGUCUUACGAGGCUUGGGUUACGGCGUCGACCAAAGUUGGCGAGGGACCUCGCACUUCUGUCAUCAAACUUCAACCAAGCGCAUCGAUUUCAGCGGCUAUUGUGUCCUUUGGCGUACCGGUUAUAACGCCAUGGAGAGUCGACGUUAAUCUCGCUUGCCUCUCGGUUGGUGUGCCAUUGCCGAGCGUCGAAUGGCGUCACGGAGAUGCGAAAUUGCAGAAACAUCAGAGAUACGAUAUCGGGCCUGACAACACGUUGACGUUGCGAAAUGUGCAAAGAUCACAAGAGGGCAAUUACUCCUGCCACGUUAAGAACAGUCUUGGUUCCGACGAGAUAGUCUACACGCUCCAAGUGCAAGUUCCGCCGACUCCACCGAAUCUCCUGGCCACUGGUACAACGAUGGACGCCGUACAGCUACAAUGGAAACAGGGGGAUAAUGGUGGGGCGCCCAUCAAAGGUUUCGUGCUUGCUUAUCGACGCGAAUUCGCCGAGUGGGAAGAGGUGAUGCUCGAUCGUCGUGCAAGCACUCAUCUCCUUGGUGGCUUGCAAUGCGGCACGAAGUAUCAAUUCACAUUGGCGGCGUUCAAUCGUAUUGGCAGUGGUAGCGCCAGUCAGACAGUUACGGCAAAGACAAACGGCUCUAAGCCACUUGCCCCCGCAAAACAGCAUCUCAUCAGGAUUAAUGCGACUUCGGUUCUCCUGGAAAUGGCCACUUGGCAGGACGGUGGUUGCCCAAUUUUGUACCUCGUCGUUGAGUACAGAAGGCUGCCCGGGGACUGGCUAUUGGUUUCGAACAAUGUUUCGCCCCAGUCGAGGUUUCCAAUAGUGGACCUGCAGAGCGGAACGAGUUACGAAUUGAGGGUAACCGCUUACAACAAUGCCGGCUCAACACAGGCCGAAUACUUAUUCAGUACGUUGAGUUUAACGGGAAACACGAGGAUUUACGGAAGUCCGACUCACGUGAGCGAGGACACGCCAUUGUAUUUGGAUCCUCAGGUUCUCGCGCCGAGCGUAAUAUCCGUCGUCGCAGUUAUUUUGGUCGUUGGCGGCGUUUGCUUUUGCCUGAGAACACAUCCAGGUCGAACGAGAACUUCGAACGAUCCAAACUCACAAAACCAGGCUGCCCUCGAUAAUAAACACAACAUGGAACAGAGGGAACAAUAUUAUGCGACUGUGAGAAAACCCGGCACUCAAUCACCUUGUCGCGAGGUGAGCGCCCUGGAACGCAUUCCUGAAUAUUCCGAAGACAUUUAUCCCUAUGCAACAUUCCAUCUUCCCGAGCAGGAAAAUCUCUCAGCCAACCCCAGCAGACACGCUUACUUUUACGAGAGAAGUGAAACUAUGCUGCAGGGCGCUCAGUGUGACGUAGAUCAGUACAUGAAAGUACGUGGACGUUCAAGGCGCAAAUCCAAAUCAUUCAAGUCCGAGUCCGAGGAGUAUGACACUCUCGGAUCGGACAGCGACACAGAGGUCGGCACGAGCAGUCGUACCGAAUCGUCGAAUCAUCUUGAUGACUCGGGACCAGCCUCCAUCAUUGCACGAUCACCCGGACCUAACUCAGGCCCACUGCGUGGCAGAGAACAAAGACUGGCCCUUUUUCCAAGACCGGUUCAUCAUAAUGUGCUGUACCACACCCACGAAUCAAGUACAUCAACCGAGCCGUCACCAAUUUCUGAGAGGAAAACGUUCCCAAGGCCGGAGAAGCCAAGGAGUCGUGGGAUGACGCCCGAGAUGACGGUCGAGAGUGGUCGAUUGACGAGUCAAGGAGUUCGAACGAGUUCGAAAUUGUCCGAUACGGAGAUAUCGACGCGUCCGUACUCGACGAGUCCGUCGCCGAGCCAUCCCUCACUUUCGGUAAAUCGUCCACGAAAGACAUUAGCAGGGGUGGUGAAAAAAGAGUCGACCGGUCGACGUUCGGCCGAAUCUUUGUGUUUGUUGAACGAGCAGCAACUCAAACAGCAGCAGCAGCAGCAGCAUCGUUCGAGCAAAGUCGCCCGAAGUGUUCAGGGAAACACGAGAUACGAUGAAUCGUUGGCUCACGACAGGAACGAAGAUUGGGGCAGCGAGUUGUCAACCCUCGAGCUCAAACCACCUUCCGGAUUCAGCGAUGCCCACGAGAUGAGCGAAGCCGAAUGCGACAUCGACAUGAAGCUCAAGCUCCAGCGCAAGAGACCCGGCCCCGUUUGCAAUUCGUUGUCCAAAUCACCCAAAGACUUUACCAUCACCGUCUAAAUGUACUGAAUGUUCGAGACUAAUUACCAAAAACGAUAAACGAAUACCAAAUAAUACACGCAUACACGCACACACGUACACAGACUCAUUCACGAAAUAUUCCAUUGUUUAUGCGCUAAGAUCGAAAAAAAAAAAAAAACACGAAAACUCUUAUAUAAGCGAUUUAACGAAGAAAGAAGAAAAUUAACGAAUCGAAAUUAUGUAUAGACCGGCUGUCUUCGAGUUACGACGAUAUUAAUGCUCCGUGUACAAUAAAGACGUAUUUUUUUAGUAAA